UUGAGGCUUUAAAGGUAGAGGAUCCCUCGUGGAUCCCGACGGUCUUUCUGUUCUCCAUGUCAUACAGACACCAGUGUGACUGUCUUGCUUUAUUUCGUGCGACACCUUCAUUUGUGUCCACGUCCCCUCGUUCUCCACACUCGUUCAAGAAUGAAUCUUCUUACCACGGGACUGCUUGCUCUCUCUUGGGCCAGUACUGCUCGAGCUACUUGCUCCGGUAAUCUGCUAAUCGAUAAUUACGCCAACUAUGCCAAUAACCUCAAUUCCCUUGGUCAAUGGACAAGCGAUGACGGUACUACGAUCGGCCUCAAAGCGGACACAGUCAACAAGGACAUUACCUUCACUUCUCAAGUCAGUAGUUACUUCUAUACGACUUUUGCCUGCGAGCAAGCGACGGUUGGCGGAUACAAUGCCUUUACAUUCCCUAUCAAAGGACCUGCGGGGUCUACCUUCACGAUCGAAUUGCAGACUUCAAGUUCCUGCUCGACCACUGCAUACACAAGCUACUAUACCACAUUGACAGGAGUGACGGGGUCGUUGCAUACAUAUACCGUACCAUUGAGCUCGUUCAUGGGUGCGAAUCUGAAUGCUAUUCAGAGCGUCUUGUUCGAAUCAUUCAGUAUCAACGGAGCUUGGGAAAUUGGUCAAACGCAGCUGGUAUGUGCAGCAGGGGGGAGCACUGUUGGAAGCUCGAAGACAUCAAGUAGCUCUAGGAGCUCCUCUACAACUGCCGCUACGUCUAAGGGUUCGACAACACUAGUUACCAGCGCCAAGUCUGUUGCAUCCACCAGCCCAAAAUCAAGUACUAUUUCGACAAGCAAAUCAUCAAGCACCAGCAGCGUGGUCAAAGUUGUCAGCACCUCUACCUCAUCUGCUAAAACGGCUGGCACUUGUACCCCUCUCCUUAUCGACGACUUUGCUUCCCAGUCUCGACUGACAUUCUUGUUCUAUAACGCAAUGCUACAACCUUCAUCCGAUGAUGGAACUAUGAAAGCGGUCGCGGGAAGAGUCGACACGAGCACUUCGGUCAUUGUUGCGAACAACCAUGUAAUCUUAACUCCCGCAAAUUCUGGAUCAUAUUGGUACACCAUGCUGGGUUGUCUGAAAGCUACAAACGUCUAUAAUGGUAUCGGUCUCACUAUCACUGCUCCAGCAGGUACUACGAUGACCAUCGAGCUUCAGACAGAAGCCGAUUGUCUCACCGAUAAUCCUAUCUUGAAUGAUCUCACUUCAACGAAUCUCGGCUGGACUUUCGAUGGAACCGAACACUAUUACACGAUUCCCUUCUCAGCGUAUGCUGGUUUAGAUACUAACCAUCUGAUCGCUGUCUUAUUUUCGAGUAUCAGCAAACCAGUCACAUUCGGGCCUAUAGCUCUUUACUGCGGGACCGGUUCAGCCUAUCCAGUUCCCACCACAGUAUCAGUCAUUGAGCCAUCAUCCACAAUCCCAGCUACUACGGGUCCAUCCGCGAUGGUCAUUGACACCUUCGGGAAUUCUGACACUAACAACCUUGGCUUCUGGCACGGCGGUGACGAUACCACGACUUACACCUAUUCUGGAAACAAGAUGACCAUCAACAUGAAAGGCAAUUCUGACCUCUCAUGGUACACUCAGAUUACGAACGGCUGCGUAGACUUUACGGCAAAUGACAACAGCUACAUCCACAUUUCAUAUACCGGCAGCUCAGCGUUCACCGUCGCACUGCAGCAGCACAAUCCCACCUGUAAUGAAAACAUCAAUCCCUACCCCUACACCUGGGACUCUGUCGAAGCUUCUCGCUACUCGAACACCGCUAAAACGGAUCUCUAUGUCCCUCUAUCGCACUUCCAAAUAAAUCGUACCCUCAGCAUCGGCUUCGCUCUGAAAGGCUUCUACACUACAACGACCACCGUCUUUUCUCUAAUCGAAAUCGUGAAGACCGUCCCACCAGGAUUUCUCGUUCCGAGUAAACUUCCUACAGCACCACUAAUAUUCGCAUGCACCCGACCCAACUCAUUCGCUUUUGCCAUCGAUGACGGAGAUCCAACUCUGGCCCAACAAGUGGUUACCAGCGUUGCAGCAGCGGGAAUUCAUGUCACCUUCUUCACCGUCGGAGCAGCACUCCUGGACCAAAGUACCAAUUUGACAAACGUGUAUAAAAGCAUGAUGGCAGCAGGUCAUCAAGUCGCAUAUCACUCCUAUACUCAUCCUCCGAUGGAAGGUCUCCCCACCCUUGCCGCCAUAGACUGGGAACUCAACAACGACAUCGCAGCCGUAAAUUCGCAACUUGGCUUCCGAUCCCAAUACUUCCGCCCACCCUUUGGCACCGAAGGUGCUCGCAUUCGUCAACGACUUGCCGCCCUGGUUCCUAAUGCCAAGUUCGUCGAAUGGAGCGUUGAUGUCCAGGAUUGGCUGUGGGCAUUGAGCUCUACGCCGCAGAAUCAGAUCACGAAUUUUCAGUCCGAUGUUAAUAAAGGUGGGAAUCUGGUGGUGAUGCAUUAUCUCUACCAAACAACCGUGGAUUAUUUACCGCAGUUUAUUUCCAUCGCGAAGGCGACGGGGAAGCAGUUGAUGAGGGUUGAUCAAUGUCUGGAGGACCCAAAUGCCCCGCCUUUGUAGGCUACUUCCGUGAAUCGAGGGAGAACGAGGUAGGUUUGGUUUGGUGUUAGGCAGGGGUUUCAGACGUGCCGUCUGGGAAGGAGUCAAAUGGGUUGGAAGGGAUAGGGAAAGUACUGGAAUUGGCAUGGGAACCAGAGCUAAGACCAUCCCGACGACCCUGACCUGAUUCACUCUGCUGUAGGCAAGCCCAUGAAUCGGCUCUUCAGAAGGGGUGAAUUGACUCUCGAUAUAUAUCAUAGAUGUUACUUCUCAAGUAUAAAAUACC